AUGACUACUAUCUCUGAUCUUUCCCGAGAUUUGAUCGGGGAGAUACUCUCGAAAGUUCCGAUUACAUGCGUUGGAAAAUUAAGAAGCACUUGCAAACGAUGGAAUGCUUCAACGAGAGAAAGGCUAGUUGGAAAAGCAGGAGCUAAGCAGUCUAUGGGGUUCAUGAUGAUGGAUUAUAAGGUUUGUUCAGCGAGAAUCAAUCUCAACGGAAUACUCAAGGACGAAGAAGGCUCUGUUGUUGGUCCAAUAUCUAUAAAACCGAUUGAUAAGCUCAAUGAAAUUGAGAUAUCUAAAGUGUUUCACUGCGACGGCUUGUUGUUAUGUGCGACGAGGCUAUUGGUUUGGAACCCGUAUCUAGGACAAACCAAGUGGAUCCAGCCCAAAAAAGCUUACCACAGGCUGGACAGGUAUGCUCUCGGAUACGAUAAAAACAAGAAAUCCUACAAAAUAUUGAGGUUUGUGGAUGAUCAGUACUUGCCCACAUACCUUUUUGAGUUCGAAAUCUACGAUAUGAACUCUAACUUGUGGAGGGCUCUUGAUGUCACUCCCGACUGGGAUAUCGAGUAUUUUCGACCCGGCUUGACAGUGAAGGGAAACACUUACUUUUUCGCUAAACAAAAAGUAAUAUUUGAAGAAGGCGCAAAUGAAGCAGACGGAGAUGUGGAUGAUUUCUUGGUUUCUUUUGAUUUUACAAAAGAGAGAUUUGGACCACAUCUACACGUGCCGUUUCACUCUCAUCUCCAUGAAGACACUGUGGCUCUAUCGAGUGUCGGAGAGAAUAAGCUUGCAGCCUUGUAUCAGUCCGAGGAUAUAAAUGCAAUGGAGAUAUGGGUUACAACUAAGAUUGAGCCCCAUAUGGUGUCAUGGAGCAAGUUGUACUUCUUAGCGGUUAAUAAUAUGAUCCCUCUCAUUGGUGCAAGUUUCUUCAUUGACGAGGAAAAGAAACUCGCAGUGGUUUUCGCUUUAGAUAUACAUGGUCGCUACAAAAGAGCUUGCAUCACUGGAGAGAAUGGGUAUUUUAAACAAGUGGAUCUCGGAGAAGUUGCUGUGAAUUCUGAUGACGAAGAUCCCUACUGUUUCCCAGUCUGCUCUUACGUCCCAAGUUUGGUUCACAUCAACCAAGGCCUAGUUCUAUCGGGAAAAAGGAAAGAACGUUAA